AUGGGGACACUACAGCUCCCCUCAUUCCUCCUCACUAGCCACAAAUUCCAAAAGCCCUUCCAAAGCAGAAGCACCAAAAGCGCUUCCCACAGCAGCAGAAUUCAUCAGAGCUCCUUAGACAUAAGCCGGCCGGCGUCGGCAAAGCCGGAGAUGCUCGAUGUCGACCUCCGAUGGCAUGAUCACCGACCGGGGGCCCGGCCAACGGAGUACGAUGUCGUCGUCAUCGGCUGCGGCCCCUCCGGCCUCCGCCUCGCCGAGCAAGCCGCCCGGCGCUGCCUGCGGGUCUGCUGCGUCGACCCGUCGCCGCUCGCCGCGUGGCCCAACAACUACGGCGUGUGGGUCGACGAGUUUGCGGCCAUGGGCCUUGACCCUUUCCUCGACAAGACUUGGCCGAUGACGGCGGUGAUUGUCGAUGACCGACGAACCAAGUACCUAAACCGGCCCUACGGGAGAAUAAGUCGAAAUGGUUUGAAGACUCACCUGCUACAAGAAUGUACAAGUCAUGGAGUUGAGUUUCAUCAAGCCAAAGCAUGGGAGGUGAAACACAAUGAGUUUAGUUCCGCAAUUUCAUGCUCCAGUGGCUAUGAAUUGAAGGCCAAUUUGGUCGUCGACGCCACCGGCUUUUCUAGUCCUUUCAUCGAGUACGACAAGAAGAGAAAUCACGGGUACCAGAUCGCGCACGGCAUCCUUGCAGAGGUCAACUGCCACCCGUUCGACCUCGACAAGAUGCUGCUGAUGGAUUGGCGAGAUUCCCACAUGGACUCUGAGCCGUACCUACGCCCUCAAAACUCAAAGACCCCAACAUUUCUCUACGCAAUGCCGCUCAACUCGACAUUGAUUUUCCUCGAAGAAACCUCUCUUGUAAGCCGGCCAAUCCUUUCAUACACCGAGAUAAAGCGCCGAAUGACGGCGCGACUUAGACACCUGGGAAUUAAGCUCAAACGCGUGAUCGAGGACGAGAAGUGUUUAAUACCCAUGGGCGGGCCAUUGCCUAAGAUUCCACAAAGUACUAUGGCAAUAGGUGGCGCGGCCGGACUGGUGCACCCUUCGACCGGGUACAUGGUAGUGAGAGGGCUUGAGCUCGCGCCGGUGAUUGCGGAGGCAAUGGUCGAGUGUCUGGGCUCGACGAGAAUGGUGAGAGGGAGGCAACUGCGUCACAAGAUGUGGAGCAGUUUGUGGACUGGGGAGAGGAAGAGGGCUAGAGAAUUUUACUGGUUCGGAAUGGAGAUGUUGUUGCGGUUAGAUUUGAAGGGGACGAGGAGCUUCUUCGAUGCGUUCUUCGAUUUGGAUAACUACUGCUGGGAGGGGUUUCUAUCUUCGAGAUUGUCGCUUAGAGAGUUGCUUCUUUUGAGCUUGUAUCUAUUCGGGAAUGCAUCGAGCAAGUGCAAGUGGGAUAUUGUUAGUAAGUGCCCUGUACCUUUUGUUAGAAUGGCUGGGAAUCUUGCUAUUCAAUCUACUUAAGUCAAAAAAUGAGUUAUUACAGAGGAGAAUUGUUUGGAUUAGUUUUUCUUUUUUCUUUUUUUAAGUUAUAUAUUUUUGCAAGAUAAAAUUCAA